AUGGAAGAAAGUUCUAGCGUUCCUGAGAGUGGUAACUCCCGCGAGAAUUAUGUUGAGGGUGUGGAUCCCCAACCACCUGCGGAUGUGUUUUCCCAGGAAAUCACUGAGACCGUGAAUGUCUUGGUGAAUGACGGAUCAAGUAUAGGCGCUCAAACACUUGAUCUGGUAUCACCUCCGAAAUCAGCUUCGGAUGUAGUCAAGUUGCCAAUGCUAGUAUCUAAACGAUUCUUGCAAGAUCUGCGUAGUGACAAGAUCAAGCAGAUCUGCGCACUCGUCCCAGAGUACGAGUGCGUUGCCUAUACUCGGUCGGCUCUAGCGUCUGCUGAGAACAAACUAACAAACUGGUUCUCAGUAGCUUAUCGAUGA